AUGGCUGACUAUGCCAGGUACAUCCGCAGAAAGAAAGCCUCGAGUCGUCGUCAAGACCCUGCGACCGAAUCCCCAGCUGUAGCGACUCCGGAACUCCGCUCGCUUUCGUUGGAUAAUAGUAGGAGCACGACGGCUCUCAAUACACAGCUCCCAGGUGAGAGGCUUGGUGCAUCCCAGCGCCAGCAGAAUGAAGGCCACAAUGUAUUCUCAGCUGGGACAGUUGAGGCUCAGUCUACCCCGCAGAACGAGCCCUUUCAAGCACAAUCCGGUUCCCAUCUAGGUCAUCUGGAUGGCUCUUCAGGUCUCACGUACACGAUCGAGAUGGACUACACUGGCGGCGCUGGUUCAGCGGAGCGACUGAAAGUGAAUUAUCCGAUCCCAGUCGCCCUUGCAGAUAGGCCAGCCUUUAUUUCAGGUCCCGCUGCUGGACAGCCGGCCCAACUGUCCGAUCCGUCCUUCAUGCCUGCCCGGCACGUAGCAGACGAGCUGAUCCGCGCCUUCUUCGACCAUGUUCAUCCGGCAUACCCAGUAUAUGAUCGGAAAAGCUUCACAGAAUUGUACCUUCGUGGCAAGGCGUCUCCGCUAGUUCUGCAUACCAUAUUUUUUAUGGGCUUCACUGUCGGUCCCGACAGCCUCAUCGACGCGUCAGGGUAUAGCAAUCGCACCGAGGCGAGGAAAACGCAUUAUCUACGUGCAAAGACGUUGUAUGAUGCUGACUAUGAAGAAGAUUCUUUGAAAGUAGUUGCGUCACUGCUACUGUUUGGCUUUUGGUGGUUUGGACCUGAAGAUCAGAAGGAUACAUGCUAUUGGGUUGGAUGUGCCACGAACGUUGCCCAGGCACUGGGUAUGCAUCGCUCAUCACCACCCGGGAUAAAUCGAGGAGAGCGGUCUCUGCGGAGGCGCAUCUGGUGGUCGAUCUAUGUUCGAGACCGACAUACGGCGGCCGCAUUUGGGCAACCGUGCCGUAUCCGGGAUGAAGAUUGUGAUGUCGAGCCUCUUACCGAGGAAGAUUUCCAGUUUGACCAUGACUAUGACCAGACUCUCAUCUCUCCUCAAAAGGACUUCCAUAUUUCAUACGCCGUAGAAAUGUCUGCAUUGGCUCAUAUACUUGGGGACAUCUUGGUUGGGGAGUUUAGCCCCCGUCGCCCAGAUCUGGAAAAGUAUCGUACAGCAACAUUGGCAAAUAGACUCGCAGAAUGGGAGCAUCACCUUCCGGAUCAACUACGGAGAGCUUCGCCGGACGGAACCUUAGGAGCGGCGUUCUGGGCUGGAAUGCUCAAUAUGUCCUAUCACAACUACCACAUCCUCCUUUUUCGACCAAAGGCCAUCGAAAAUCUUUCUUCGAUUGAGGCUGACAGAGACCUUCGCGCGCGUUCAGCUGCUGACUCGAUUACCCGCCUUGCAGAGGACCUUUUAGCAACGGAGACUAUCAGACCUGCACAAAUCCAUCUUGUGCCCGCUCUAUUCGGCGCUCUGUCGGUGCAUACAAUUGUCAUCUGCAGAAAGAAUUCCAUCCGCCAAAAGCUAGCUGAAAAUAAAUCACGACAAUGCUUGCUCGCACUAAGCGAGCUGUCUAACCACUGGCCCGUCCGAAUCUGGUUUGCGAAGGCAUUUGUUAAUUUAAUGAGACGUCUGACUGGGCGAGGGGGGUCAAUAGUCAACGUCUCGUCGAGCAUCGCAAAGAAUCAAAGAGACUUAGCGGCACCAGGCUUACCUCGGAUCAGUUCACACGCCAGGUCAUCAACUGAUGUCUUGGGUGUAGCUGAACUGAGCGUACAGCCAACAUACUUCAACAGUGAUAAUGCACACGAUCAACUCUCACAAAUGCCAGAUCAGCUCAUGUAUGAUUCGUUUCUAGCUGGCUAUCUGGACAACACAUUCGACCCGGACCUGUUGCUGUAUAAUAGCUUCGAGCCCUUGCUUCCUCUGUCCGUCGAGGAUUCGGUCGAAAACAGCAGGGCUAUUUCAGACCGGUAG